UGGAGACUCUGUGGGGAGUUUCGGUUUCGUGCUCCUUUCCAUAGUGUCGAUAAAAAUCUCCACAUAAAAAAAUUCAUAAAUCGCGUUUUGUAUAUUAUCAAAUUGCGUAUCUAGAGUGGUUUAUAAUUGCGUAAACAAUUUAGUUAGAACACGAAAAAGUGAUUUAUAUUUACGUAGUGAGAUAAACUGUUAUAUUGAUCGGAAUCUAAAUUUGGAUUAAUCUUCCUUUCUUUUGGCUAAGAAAGGCCCGAACUAACUAAGGAUUUCACAUUGCAGUAUUUUGGUACCAUGUCAUCACCUCUUCAGCAUAUCCUAGAGGUCCACCGAAAAGGUACCCUCAUGAGAUGAGAAAUUCUAUGGUACCGCUAGCCCUGUAUAUGUUGUUGCUUUUGUAUUUACCAGCAUUGCCAUUAAACAAGGCCCAAAGGUUAGCCCCACCCAGAAGUUACCAUUCCGAAGAUGAAGACGAUGACCAUCCCAUUUUGUCGGACGACGAAAAAGACGAUUACGUCCAGACAAACCUCACUGAUGAAAGAGGGUUGCAUGUUGGAGCCCCUUGUGAGUUUACAUGCAGCUCCAGAUUGCAGCACGUCUACUGCAACCCAGUCACCAACACCUGCGAAUGCGAAAAGAAAUAUCCUGUUAAACUUCAUAAUCCUUAUUCGGGAUGUAGCAAACCUAAAAAAUUGGGAGAACAGUGUUACUACCACGAGGCCUGCGAAUAUAUGGAUCAACAUUCCUCAUGCAUUCAGAUCCACCAUAAUGCCAUCUGUCAGUGCCAAAAUGGCUACCAUUCCGUUGCUAUGCAAAAGCCGACGAAAAGGGUAUUCUGUGCCGAAGAUAUACAGGUAAUAACAAAAGACUUCUCCACGUUUGCUGGAGUUCUAUCAGGUAUCGCCAUCCUAUCAGGCCUUAUCUGCUUCGUACUGCAUCUAUUUAAUCAAAACCUAUAUGGAUCUGGACACCAUAGACAUAGAUUUGGCAACGCCAAUUUAGCCCCUCCUAUUUUAUUUUCCAGUGAUCCAGGAUCGCUGCCGUUACCUAUUUUGGCGCGAAGCGUCGCGACGCCAUCGCAGGCGUCCACGCGACGCACCGGUUCGUCGUCGACGCGGCGUGCCAGCAGCGUCGCGACGCUCCACCGUGUCGGCACCGGAACCUCGACGGUACCACAAUCACGGACAGGUGCGGCGCGAGAUGCCGCCAUCUUGCUCUUGUCGUACUGCGAUUACGUAGCGGCCGGCGAGUCCGGUUCGAUCGUUGAAUCCUCACUCGGGUCACGUCGACCAAGUAUAGCGUCCAUCCAUAGCGCAAGCUCUAUGCGCAGCUACAGCGCCCGGCGCUAUGAAAAAGAGAGGGCAGAAAAGGAGGAGAGGGAGAUGCAGCGCAGACUGUCUAAAAUGACUUCUGCGUCGGUCGGUAGGCUUACCCCCACUCCCAGCCCGCACUCGACUGACGAUCUGUUGCCUACCUUAGAGGAGGAUAAGCAGACCGAACCAACCACGAUGGGUGGCUAUGCCAAUACUUCCUAUGCUUUAUAAAGAAUCCUCCAUUAGCAACUAAAGAAGAUUCCACAACUAGUUUCCAAGAAGAAAACAACCUUCCUUCUACUUCCAAACAGUUUCCAUAGCGCUUUAACUGUAACUUAGAUUUUAUGUGUUAUUGAUAAUGGCUAUAAGAUAAUUUUUAUUACGAAGGUUUCUAUACUAUGCGCUGCAGGGUCAUUUUUUGUAUACUCCUUCAAUUUUUUAGCAACUUUAUGGGCUUUUAAUAAUACCCCUGAAAACAAAUGUUCUUAUGCCUCCAGGAUAUGGAGCUCUCAACUAUUUGUGCUUUUAUUCUAUGAAAAGUGUUUAUUUAUAUUAUUAGCGUAAUGCAAAUAUCUACUAGUGGACUAACCGCCCUACUUUAGCACUGUAAAUGUUUAUUUAAUAUUAUGAAGUUGCUAAAGAAAUUAAUACUAUUAAUAUUAAAUGAAAUUGUUAAUAAUUAAUCGGGUAUUUAAUAGGUUUACAAAAAUGAUAAAAAGACUAUAAUAUUGAUAAUUUUAUUAUUUUAUUAAGGGAAAAACUAAGGUAUCAAAAUUAUACAAAAAUUAACCGAUUUUUUUGCAUAACAGCGAGAGUUACAUAUAAUGUCCUUGUUUAUAAGAAAAUGCGUAUCGUAUCCAUUUAUGUUAUGCCUCAGGAGUUAAACACUUGUUUAUUGCAUGAUUAGUUUUAUACUUUUUUACCAUUUAGCGCUCUAUAAAAGCAGAGCAAGAAAAAGUGGCUAAAUAUUUAUACUGAUAAUUUUAUUAAAUUUAUAAACAAACUUAUCCUUUUGAAAUAUUCAAAACGAAUUUAGUUAUUUAAUAAAAAGUCUUUGUUGGUAUUUAAAAUAAGGAGUUAUAGAAUGUAUAUCUCAAAAACAAGGAAGUUCAUAAA